AUGCCCACUGAUGAAACAAGGCCGAUGGACAGCGGCGACGGAAAAUCCUCCAGGAAGUAUUUCUCCGAGGAUGGUAGGGGUGGAACCAAGCCAAUUCCUGAAGUAAAAUCGGGAGCUCGUUAUAUAUAUUAUCGAUUAUACACAAAAGACGGUCCACUCGAAUCGAACCACCCUAUCUACUGUAACGACCGCUAUAUCAGCCGGAUCGCGUCAACAUUAGUGAGACCCCCUCAGACCGCUGCCUCUCUGACGAGGUAUCUUUGCAAGAUUGAGGGUUUAGAACACCGAAGGGGUGCUUUGUACCAAUCACUCUCAGAUAACACAGCUCUAGACGGUCCAACGCACCUCUUGUUUCGAGGGACAUCUGGGCCAGGCCGAUCCGAUGUAGAUCCAGUGGCGCUGGUUGUCGACGCACAGGCUGCGGAGAAAAGAUCACAGGCUUCGAGUUCACUUGGAUCGCAAGAAUUAUUGGAACGGAAUUUUCAACAACGUUACGUGUACUAUUGCGUCUACGACGAUGAUGGUGGGGCUGUCCCAAAAACCGCUUUUUCCGAGAACAAUCCCUCCUUGGGCCGUGUCAACACUCUUUCUGUGCCCCCACCUCAUGCUGCGUCUUCCUUGAAGAAUUGCAUUGUGAAAUCCGAAGAUUUAUCAGGCAACAACGUUCAACUAUUUGAGGAUGCGAGCAGCGAGUCUGCCAUGAAUGACAAUGAUGCGAUCACCGUCCUCUCUGAUACGUUCCCGGGAUGGAUAGAAGACCAGCCUAUGGCGAUUACAUAUGACCCAGGAACGGCAAAUGGUUCAGCUGACAACGAGGAUCCGAACGAAAUCCAGAUACGAGAGCUGAGGGAAGCGUUGGCACAGAUCACGAAAGAAUUUAAAGAAGCAAACCUAACACACACGCGCGAGCUUGAAGAAGCAAAGCGAACGCACGCACGUGAGCUUGCUGACGCGAGAGAGGGACAGAAAAAGGCGGAAGAGAUUCACGCGCGUGAGCUUGCUGAGGUGAGAGAGGGAUGGAAGAAGGCGAAAGAGACACACGAGCGCGAGCUAUCCACGAUACAUCAACUUCAAGUGCAGUUGAAAACUUCAACCUUCACAAUGCAACUCAUAGCAAAGUACGAUGAUGAUCUUGGGCAGCAUGAUGCCAGAUGGCACUUAAUGCAAAAAGGCGAGAUUUUCUACACAGAUGGUGUCUGUAGGAGAGAGGAGCAUCGCAACGGCUCUGGUAGAUAUACAUGCUACCUGGCUCAAAACUCUUCUGGAAAACUGGGUUGCUGGAUGACCCAAUUUUGUUAA